UCCGUUAAGGUGUCGUCGGAUGUUGUUGUCCGUGAUGGCGUCGCCCGCAGAGCAGCGUCUCCCGGAGCUCACUGAUCAGGAAACUCGGGAGAAAGUGUCGCAUUGGGACCGUCGCGCGGAUCCGACGGCGCCGUUAACGGACACACAGACGGAGUCGGUCCUCGAGAUCCGCGCAGCCGCAGAAGCGGCGCUUCUUCCCGCUGAGCUGCCCAUCGAGGACAUCUGCAGCCUGACGUCUCGCUCUCUGCGCUCGGCGUUCACCGCGACUCUGCCCGAGUCCACAGAGGAGGUGCUCCUGCAAGGCUUUCAGACGCUGGAGCUGGAGAACCACAGGAUCCAGACGGCUCAGCAGUUUUUCUCCUGGUUCUCAAAGCUGCAGGUUCAGAUGGAUCAGGACGAAGCCUCUAAGUACAGGAGGACUCGAGAUGCUCUGCAGGGCUAUCAGGAGCAGUGCGACGCCAUACUGAGCGACGUGAACGCUGCGCUGGAGCAUUUGCAGUCUCUGCAGAAGCAGUACCUCUUUGUGUCCACAAAAACAGGAACGCUUCAUGAGGCCUGUGAGCAACUGCUGAAGGAGCAGUCAGAGCUGGUGGAUCUGGCUGAGAGCAUUCAAGAGAAACUCUCAUAUUUUAAUGCACUGGAAAACAUAAACUCGAAACUGAACUCCCCGACGCUAUCGGUGAACAGCGAGGGAUUCAUCCCGAUGCUUUCCAAAUUAGACGAAUGCGUAGAAUACGUUUUAUCACAUCCACAUUUUAAAGACUACCCAGUCUAUCUGACCAAAUUCAAGCAGUGUCUUUCCAAAGCCAUGCUCCUCAUCAAGAGCCACACGGUCAGCACCCUGCAGAACCUCACGGCUCAGCUGAGCAAAAGGGACCUGCUGGGCGCUCCGAACGCAGACAACGCCUUCACGCUCUACUACGUGAAGUUCAGAGCAGCGGCUCCCAAAGUUCAGAGGCUCAUUGAACAAGUUGAACAGCGGUCUGACAAAUUCCCAGAGUAUCAGCAGCUGCUGGAUGAGAUUCAUCAGUGUUAUCUGGAGCAGAGGGAAGUUCUGCUCAGUCCCUGUAUAAACGCCACCAUCACAGAUCUCACCAGCCAGAACAACAAGGAUCACUGCGCUCUGGUGCGCAGCGGCUGUGCGUUUAUGGUCCAUGUGUGUCAAGAUGAACACCAGCUUUACAGCGAGUUCUUCUCCAAACCCUCGUCCAAACUGGAGUGAGUAAAGAGACUCGUUUCAGAUGAAAGCAAUCGUUCACACAAGCAUGAAAACUCUCAGCAUGCACGGUCGUGUUGCUGUGACCCG